AUGCAGAGACUUGUUCUACACUCCUGGCUCCUGGCCUUUCUGCUCUUCCAUCUAAGCAGACUGGGAGCGACGACAAGUGGAAAUAGUGUCUUCGAAGCAGAGUACUUGCUGGAACUCGUAUUACCAGUCACAGCUGCCAGUAUGAAUGAUUCUGAGCUUGGUGUUGCGAGACUCGCUAUGCAGAGAGGCGCUACCUACGUAAAUAUUCUUGAGUCCACGCCAAACACGCGGGAUUGCCGUAAUCCACAAGCGACCCGACUUCAGGCUGCAUAUUAUUCUUUGAGAAUAUUGUUAUCGUGGAAAGAGGACCGGUUGGAUGUGGCCGAGCACAUGUUCAGCAAAAUCGACCCGAUUCGGCGAGACCUCGAUGACAGUUCAGUCGAAAACUUAGCCAAUGUUCUCCAAAAUGUUGGCACAGACCUAAUUUCCAAACAAAACCUUGAAUCGGGGCUUAAUUGGCUCAGAAGAGGACACCAUCUCCUCAGCUCCAAAACCGGCAUUUUGUCUCCAAAGGCUAAGCAUCUACAUCUCGCCAUAUGCAAUAUAAUAAUGCAAGUUAUCACAAAAAGCAAUCUGCAGGAGAGCAUAGGGGAGGCUAGAAGCAUUUUGGAUAGUGUUUUGUCACGAAUUGGGGACCAUCCAGUCCUGCUGCAUUGGCAGUUGGUGAUAUUACACGUUACUGACGAGUGUGGCUUUUCCGAAGAAGCCUAUGCCAGCAUCAUACAGCGAAUGAUUCUAUCGCCAGGGUUUUCAGAAAACACAUUUCACCUAGCGCUGGCUCAUCUUGUACGACUUGGAGAUAAAUGUUCCCCAUCGGAACUUCUUGACGAGUUACUUUUCCGACACGCACUCCCAGGCGAGAAUGCGAUUUGGCUCGGCAAAGUUGUCUUUCUGCGGAUAUGGACAACAUUCAACGUGAUAUAUAGUCAUGAAGAAUACCGAAAACUUGGUGAUGUUGUCGAAAAGGUUCAUCAGUCUAUCCGGAGACACCUGUCAUGGGUGGAAGUGGAAGCAUGCCAGGCGCAAGGCGAUAUAAAGAGGUCGAGUUCUGGUGCCAUUUAG